UUAAGACUCAGUUGCUAUCCAAACACAAGUAAACAGAGGGGACCAUUAGCGGGCGCCGGGCGCGGAGGCGGAGCCUGGGCGCAGGGGGCCCCGCGCGGCGGCGGGACGCCCGCCCGAAGGGGAGGCGGGGCCGCUACUAAAGCUGGAGUCUGCCGGCCGCGGGCAGCCUGGGGAGGGACGCGGGCGGGGACAGAGCUCGGCGCUCUCGCUGCUGCUGGAGGGUGAUGGCCCUGCGAGGCUGCAGGCUCCGACCUUACCCGGAGUCGGCGGCGAGAGGUUCGCGGGGUCGCGAGGUUCCGGGCGAGCGCUGAGCGCGUUCUUCUACCAUCCCCCGGUCCUUGCAUAUUCUACGUCCACAGACGAAGGCGAGGAUCCGCUCUUGGUUUGGCUGCCCGUCAUCCUCCAGAUCAUGUCCGCGGCUCCCAGGACUCCGCGCAGAAAAAGCAGUUUGGCCGGCGUGGAAUCAAUGACCUUUCCAAGCUGUGCGCCUCACUGCCUGGACCAGGUCUGAGUGGCGCUGCCCAGGCGGACCUUUCUGCUGGAGCCAUCUUUAGGAUUCUCUCUGUGUGCCGUUGUCUGGGUUUUCGCCGGAGCCCCACGCCCAUCCGCUUCUGAGUCCUGGAAAAAAGGGGUGGCUACCCCCGCCCUGCAACAUCCCGGAAAAUGGGGAGCAAGGCCCUGCCGGCGCCCAUUCCGCUCCACCCGUCGCUGCAGCUCACCAAUUACUCCUUCCUGCAGGCCGUGAACACCUUCCCCGCCGCGGUGGACCACCUGCAGGGCCUGUACGGUCUCAGCGCCGUGCAGACCAUGCACAUGAACCACUGGACUCUGGGGUACCCCAACGUGCACGAAAUCACCCGCUCCACCAUCACCGAGAUGGCGGCGGCGCAGGGCCUUGUAGAUGCCCGUUUCUCCUUCCCGGCUCUGCCCUUUACCACCCACCUCUUCCACCCCAAGCAGGGAGCCAUUGCCCACGUCCUCCCGGCCCUGCACAAGGACCGGCCCCGUUUUGACUUUGCCAACUUGGCCGUGGCCGCCACGCAAGAGGAUCCCCCUAAGAUAGCAGACCUGAGCAAGCUGAGCCCGGGCUUGGGGAGCCCCAUCUCUGGCCUCAGUAAAUUGACUCCGGACAGAAAGCCCUCCCGAGGGAGGUUGCCCUCCAAAACGAAAAAAGAGUUUAUCUGCAAGUUUUGCGGCAGACACUUUACCAAAUCCUACAACCUGCUCAUCCAUGAGAGGACCCACACCGACGAGAGGCCAUACACUUGUGACAUCUGCCACAAGGCUUUCCGGAGGCAAGAUCACUUGAGGGAUCACAGGUAUAUCCAUUCCAAAGAGAAGCCCUUCAAAUGUCAGGAGUGCGGGAAAGGAUUUUGUCAGUCUAGAACUCUAGCUGUUCACAAAACUUUACAUAUGCAGGAAUCUCCACACAAAUGUCCCACAUGUGGAAGAACCUUUAAUCAGAGAAGUAAUCUGAAAACUCACCUUCUCACCCAUACAGACAUCAAGCCCUACAGCUGCGAGCAGUGCGGCAAAGUGUUCAGGCGAAACUGUGAUCUGCGGCGGCACAGUCUGACUCACACCCCGCGGCAGGACUUCUAGAGAAGCCCCGGAUCUGUCCGGGCAGCCGCCGCCCCCCUCCCCAGACACCUCUCCAGCCUCCCACCCGGGGGUGCCCGCCCCCAGCCCUUCACUGACCCCAGCUCUUCCCCGGCUGCAGCCACACCUGCAGCUUCAGGGGGUUAACUCUCCUUCCCCAGGACUGAGAACUGUAGAAAGCCACACAAGUACAUCCUUUCACAAAGCGCAUAUGCUAGUUUCUUGUAGAUAUUCACAGCUCAUUUUAGAGCUCUGUACAUAAUGUCGAGGGUCUCUGUUUCGUUUUGUUUUGUCUGUUUUUGUACCUUGUUGGAUGCACCUAGGUAUGGGAAAUGGAAGCCAAAUUUAUCUUUAAAGACUGUAUUUUCAAAAUAAAAAUGUUUUCUUGUUUGUUUCAACACUCCUGCAAAA